GGACAUCGGGUGGGACAAAACGUAGGCAAGCUAAUUGAGCGACGAUGUCUGACAGCUUGAAGUGUCAGAGCGCAGAAAAGGGCUUAAAAUGUAGAUUUUGAUCUUGUUUUAAACUUUCAUUUUUGAGAAAUACGUCGCGUCGCAUAUCUCAACGACAUCUGGAUCAUGGUGGAAAACUCUCCCUCUCCACUGCCUGAGAGGGCCAUUUAUGGCUUUGUACUUUACCUUGGCUCACAUUUUGGCUUUUGUCUGUUUUGCCUGUGGGCGUAUGUACCAGAGGAGUGGCUUCAUUCAAUAGGACUUACUUACUGGCCUCAAAAAUACUGGGCCCUUGCUGUGCCAAUCUAUCUGCUGGUCGCAUUAAUGAUCGCUUUGGUGUUGCUGUUCGGAGUGAACAUGAACAACACGGCUCCACUCGACUCUAUUGACAACAUCACAGAUGUGUACGCUCAGGGCCAAAAGCCAGAUGGCUGCCACAAGGGGGGGAUACCCAGACUGAAAGAUGUUUCCAUAAGCGAAGUCAACAAAAUGUUCUAUUUGUCGCCCGAGCAAUAAGAAGCACAAACUGAUUUUCGCUGGAGGCAGAGCUGAAGUGAAGCUGCUGGGGAUUUACUGUGCCGUCACUGUUUACACUUUAUUUAUUUGUCCAGGAACAGUGCAACAUCAGUGCAAAGAUGUACUGAAUAAAUGUACUUUUUCUACAUCUACAUUGGACAAACUCGUGUCUUGUGACAUGCUAAAUGUGAUGUAACGUAAUAUUCUGGCCAAAUUAACAUACUAUCAGAGCAACUUGUACAUUUGGUGAAAGUGGAAGCAUAUAAUUAUAUUCAAUAAAGUUCAUACUUUUUUAUAAA